UAAUAGAUGAUAAUAUACAUAUUCCCGGGAUAAACCGAUUUACUCUUCAACAAAGAUACACGCCUUAUAGAUAUGCUUCAAAUUUUCAGCAAGAUCAGCUCAGUCGAUAAAGAAACAAACAUACCUAGAUACUUUCGCAAUUAAUAUGGGAUAUCUACGAACGAGUCAAAUGAGCAUUUCUUUUGCCUAAUUGAUUAAAGACACUAAAUCUACCUGACGUAUCCAAAACAGUUGUAUUCUUGUGUUCGAAACAAUAUUUUGUAUGUUUACCAGUGAAUACGUGGCUUCACCUUAUCAAUCGUUGAUAACCGCCUGAAAGCCUCGGUCGAAGUAUUAACCUUUCAGUGUGCUACUAACAGUCAUUGUGCAAAGGUGUUGAACUAGUUUUGUUAGUUUAUUUUCGCUCUAGUGCUGUAAAAAUGGCGCAGAACAAUCUAGAAGUGGGCAUGCGGUGCAUAAAGUAUAUGCUUCUGUGUGUGACUGCCAUUUUUGUGUUAACAUCAGCUCUGAUAAUCUCGGUGGGCACGACGAUCUACGCCAUAUACCACGAUGUGUCGUUCUUCCUGGACUCGCAGCUGUUCUCGCCGGCAACCUUCAUCAUCGUCAUUGGCAUCAUCAUGCUGUUUGUCUCCCUCUUCGGGUGCGUCGGAGCCUUGAAAGAGAGCACCUGCUUGGUCAAUAUUUUCGCAGUGAUUCUAAGCUUGGUACUGGUGCUGGAGAUCUCGGCUGCCAUUGCCGCUUAUGUGCUGCGCGCACAGGUCGCUGAUAUGCUGGACCAAAACCUGCGAGAAACCCUGCCCUUCUACUACAGCAACCCUGAAGUUGAAGACGGCUUUGACUUCAUUCAGUCUAGGCUCAACUGUUGCGGCGUUGACAGUUACCUGGACUGGGCAGAUGUGCCAUCCAACGGACACUCUGGCAUCGUUGUAUCAAACAUGACGGUCCCAUACUCUUGCUGCGCUCAAACCAACUACGAAAUCGUUGGAGAAACCGAGAUCCAGGAGUGUCUUAAGCUGUACGCUAGCGGAUGUCUUCCGAGAAUCACAUACCUGAUCUACCAGAGCGCGGGACUUCUUGGUGCUGGCGCUUUGACGAUCGCAUUCAUCCAGAUUAUCGGCAUAGUAUUCUCAUUCUCGCUGGCCAGUGCCAUUCGCAAGGCGAAGUCUGAGCGCGAGCGCAGGCGAUGGGAGAUCCAGGAGCGCAUGAUCAACGCCUACACCUCUCUCAACCCUGAGAAAGAGCAGAAGCCCGUUGUCUACGUGCCCUUCCAGGGACAAGCGACUGCUUAAGGAUAUGCCACAGAUGGACAUAGUUAUGCGAAAACGUUCUGAUCCAUAACCUCUUCAACUAGCCAUCGAGAUGGCUAAAUAUGAAAAUUAAAUUACGUACCUUUCGUACGCCUUUUGACUAACUCCCAUCGCUUAAAGCAGUACUAUUUCAAAAUGUUAUUCACAUUUUUCUUGACGACGCAUAGGAUUAGAAUUCUAAAACAAAACGACUACAAUAUUAAAAUAACACUGCUUUAUUCUACGGUAGUAAGACCCCUGUACGUUUUAAAUCUGAAAUAAAGUGAUUGACAUAAUAUGAUAGAAGUUCCGAACUCACAUGUAGCAAGUUUAUGAAUGUAAUGUGGCUUAGUUAUUUUGUGCGCUUAUAUUGGUCGUGUUUAAACACACCCCAAUCAACAUAGGUUGCAUGAAUAUAAUAAAAAAAUAUCUUUAUCCAUAGUAAUUAUUUUCUGUAUCUUUUACGAAACAUUUUUGAUUUUCGUAGUAAAUUAAAUUGACAUAAAAGUCGACUUGAGUUGUGAAUAAAGAAAUUGUUUCAGUAUUUUAAUGUAAAAAUUAAAGAUAGAUAGUUAACUAUAUACGAAUACCAAAUGGUAAUUUUAUUUGUUAAUGGUGAAAUCUGUCGAAAUAUCGUACUUAUUUUAUAUUUUUAUUUUUAAUUCAAUAUUAUAUUGUAAGCUAAAUACAUAGCUAUGAACAGUACUGUAAGACCAAUUCUAUUGUCAAGUUAGGGGCAACACUAGGUUGAUUGAAUAAUUUUGUAUUAGACAUAUAGUUUGUUGUAAUGUUUAAACUUUAAAAGUAUGGUGUUAAAACGUAUUAACUAUAUUAU